GUUUGUCAUUGUCGUUAAACGUAUUGUUGUGUAGUAAUGCAAUUAUCCGGUGGCAAGUUGUUUAUUGUUUACCUAUUAUAGAAUCAAUUGCGGGAUAAACAUAUUUCUGUGAUCUGCUUUCAUUUGUUUAGAAGAAAUUUGUUUAGAAGAAAUUUGUUUACGCGACCUAAUCGCGUCAUUUUCACUUCUAGAAAGGCCUACUAGAUGGACCCGAUUUACGUGCAGUGAAGAAAUUUCAAGUGUGUGACGUUAUGAUCGAGUUAAACGUGAUACAUCUCGCACUGGUAAAAUAAUACCCGGUCGGUGCGAGUGGUGUCGUAGUCGCUGUUAGUACAUCAUAACCCGCAGCUGAUCCCAACAACAAAGUCACCGAAAGAUCACCUUUUGUGGUUUUCUCGGCUAGGCUCGGCUGGUUUGUGCAAUGCUUUAGGAUAGGAUUAUUAGUUCGGUACUUCGCAUUACACAUACGACGUGUGGACGGGUUUUAGGUGGUUGGUUAGUGUCUAUGCCUUCGGUGCCGAUCUCCGGCACGUUUACGUUGGGUGUUCUGUUAGUUCAACUGAAUAAUUGAUGAUUACUCAGGUGGUUCUAACGCGAGCAGUGUGUUAUGUAACGUAGGAUCUGUUUUGUUACUAGUUUGUUGUUUUUAUGUGCGCCAGUGAAAAGUGCGUGUGUCGGAGCGAGUGAUGAAUAAAAUGUAAAUCGCAAUGUUGAAUGAACUGUUACUGGAUUGAUCUUCGAAGUUAGUAUCAAUUCACACAGUUUUUUCCUGUGCCGGCUUCAAAGUGCUUUUACAGUACUCACUAACUAGUUGAAGUGAUCUAAAAGCGAGAAGAAACAAAAAAUAACAUCCCACAACAAGUUAAUCAUCAACAACGCGACUCUCGGCUUGUCCUCCAAAGUCCACAACACCAUAUCGAAUCUGGUGGUGGAAGAGUUUAGUUUUGAACUUUUUUUUUUGCUUUGCGGACCAACCGGUGACAACAACCAACAACAGAGACAUCAUCAUGUCCGUCGAUUUCGCGUCGACCGUCGACAUCACUACGAUCAGAGAUGAGGAUCUGCUCCGGAAACUGUGGCACGACGCACAGGACUUCGGCCGCAAGCGGGAGAUCCGUGCGCAUAUGUACAAGCUGCGCGAGGAGCGCCUGAAAGCCCUGUACUCGCAGAUAGAAACCCCUCCACUUCAGACCAUCAUGGAGCAGCAGCAGAACAACAUUAGCAGCAAGUAUGGCCUAUCGAAAACCACGGUCACCGGCAGCCACGGGGAUUCGCUGGCCGACCAGAGCUUCGAAAGUUUGAAAUCCAAGGAAGUGCGGGACUCGGAAAGUCCCACGCGUUUCGGAACCGUCAUCCCGUCCGACAACAGCGGCUGGCACGUCACCAAAUCGGAAGAGGUUAGCGCCGAUGGUACGACACACACGGUACGCAGCUCUGCGACCACCGAAGGUACCAAGGACGUUGAGGGUGGGCGAACUUCGUUCGCCGGUAAAAACGAGGAAGCUCACAGCGAACGCUUAGUCGUGGGCGAUGGCGAUAACUAUGUUCGAAAUAAAAAUCACGAAUCUGCGACUUUUCUGGCUGAGAAUGGUGUAUUUACGAGCGACGAUGGAAGCCAGGUGAAGACGUCGAAGUCUACGUCGGUAACUUCGUCCUCUUCGCGGAUGGUUAGUUCGCAUAAGGUUGUCGGCGAAUCGGAGCCGGAAGCUCCUACCAUACUGGGAGGGUUGACCGUAACGGUUUGGGACUCGAAAAAUGAUCCUUUUGGUCCUCAGUCUGAGUCUGAACCGGUGAUAACUAGGUCAAGGACCCAUUACGUCAGUCCGCAGCCAGAAUCAGAGUCGCUGGAAUUUUUGUCAAAGCUGUCCACGAAUGUUUUUGAUUCCAGUAGCGAACGCGUUAGUCAGCAGCAGCAGUCUAGCAGUGUUCGUGAAGAACAGGUGGUGCACACACACGAAACGGAUGGAAGUAGUAACAGCAAGUAUGAUCGAGCGGCUGAGGCGCGCCUUGCUGAGGUGAUGAGAUUGAUGGAUCAACCCGGGGAAGUAUUGAAGCGCGAAGUGACGAUAGUAAAUCCUACUACGAGAGAGAUAGUUACAACGAAGAAAACUGACGAUGGAACGAUUGUGACGCUAAAGACAUACGAAAAGAUUGAACAGGAUCAGCCGAGUAGUUCAAAAGUUGUGAAAGAUUAUCAGGUGGCGAGUAGCUCCGGUGCAAUUCCUAAAGUUGGUCGAGAAGAAACAGAUUAUCGUUCCUCGAAACGGGAUAUUGCUGGGAAGGUAACAAAUCAGCAGUUCAUCGUGGAAGAACGUUCGGACAGUCAACGAAGCGAGCAGAUUAAGAAACAGCAGGAGAUGAGUACGCUUCAGAAGAUCUCCAUGGACGUCGAUGCGGCACAUGAAUCGUUCGCCCGUUCGCUGCGAUGCGCUUCUCCAACCGGAAGCGUCCGCUCGGUUCAUUCAACGUCCGGUCGAUCGAGUGUCAGUCCAGAUAAAUCAUCCCGUGGUAGACGGUCGCCUUCGCGAGACUCCGAUACUAGUCGGUACAGUACGCUAACAACGACUCGUUCCAGCAGAACGGAGGACUACAUGAAACCAACGAUCACAUCGGAGCGUAAACAGUCUAGCUACAAGGAAUCUACGAUUCAGGAGUCUAGCUUGAUGGAAGCUUACGAUACGGUGGAUAAAACAAAAUUGAAAGAGCGUUCGCUUAGCCCGAAAAAAGUUCCGCAGAAUUCGCCGGACACAACGCCAAGGGGUCCGUCUCCUGAUAAGCUAUCCAGGCAGGUUUCUCCAAGCAAAACUCCUAAGGAGUCGUCGCCGUUUUGCUCGGUCGACAGCUCACGGGAUGCAUCUCCGAUUAAGAGGAGUGAGUCUCCGACUAAGAACGCCUCUGCGAAGUUGGUUCGCGAAGACUCGUCGGAAACCUUUAAUGUUGAUACAACCAUUACCAUUUCCACUAAGGACAAACUUCAACAACAGGUUGUUCGGGAAGAUGUUGAAGUUUUCGAUACGAAGAGUAAAAUUACUGACUUGGAUGAUAUCACCGUGAAGGUGAAGUUGGAGAACCUGACCGACGAUGUUGAAGUGACUACGACCGUUGAAGAGAUUGAUGUAACCAAGAAAGAAACGGCUGAAAAGGAGACUACCAAGGUAACCAAGACUCCGAAGAAGAAACCACCGCUGAUUCGUAGCGAAACUUUCGAGGAACGUUGCCGUAAAAUUCUUGGCAUGCCCGGAUCGACACCGGAUCAAGUAGAGGAAAAGGUUGAACCGGACACUCCAAGCAUCUUCAGCACGUACGACAAUACAUUGACCCGUAGCUCGGAGACCCGCGAGAAACGUAAGAAAGUCGAACAGGAGAUCAAAACGGUCGAAUCCGAAACGAAACGAAGCUCUCGAAAGACGGAAGAUUUCCUUAAAAAUGAGCGAAGUGUUGAAACUAAAAAUGUAUCUCCCAUUAGACGUCCGGUCGAGCAAGUCAAGGAGCCUUCCCCGGUUCGUAAGGUGCCCUCGAAGGAAGCAUCUCCUGCGAAAGCAGUUUCUCCGGUUCGUAAACCGUCCCAACCAUCCCCUGAACGUCGCCCUCUACAGCAUUCGAAGGAAACAUCACCAGCUAGGAAGUAUUCUCAACCCUCUCCGGAACGACGACCCAAGGACGCUAGUCCAGUUGAAAAAAUCUCGAAACCUAAGGAGGUGUCCCCUGUGCGAAAGCACUCUCAACCAUCACCAGAUCGACGUCCGAAGGAUCAAACUUCACCGGUGAAGCUUCUCGAGACGAAGGAACCAUCACCGACAGUUCGCAAACCUUCACAGUCCUCUCCCGAACGCCAUCCGAAAGAGUCCGAAUCUCCCAGGAAAGGAUCACCUGCUAGAUGUUCCCGUUCGCACGAACGUUCACCCGGUCCUGUUGAAGUACCCUCGAAAUCUCCUGUUCGCCGCAAACCGUCAGCUGGAUCGCCAACGCGUAAGCCUACCGAGACUUCGAUAACGAAAACAACUUCUUCGAAGGCCGACAUCCUUGUCAACCAGAAAAAGGAAGACAAGAACAUCUCCGUCACCGAGAUAACCAUUCAACCGAUAAUCGAAACGAAAAAAUCCGAUAAGGUUCUUACCAAGCAGACUUCCGAUAGUCGAUUUGAACGUCGGACGGCCAGCAGCCGCGUGAUGACGAACAAGAGCACUUCCGAUUUCGAUGUCAAACGUAGAACUACAAAUGACAAGUCGGAAACUGUCGUCGUCGACAGAACGACGGCUCGCGUAGCAGCAGGCAAGCCAAGAACUCCGGCAACGAGUCCCGAUAAGCGUCGACCACAGGAUGUGAGUCCUACGAAAACAACGGACAAACCGAAGCAUCAUAUAACCGUAGCGAAGAUCAAGAUUGAACCGGUUCGUAAACCGGUUCAGAGUAGGGUAACUGCCGACGAUAGAUCUGGCCGAACUAUGACGACAACAAAGACAACUAAAACGGCGAAAAAAGUGAUUGAAAACUAUACGGAACCGGAGUCGGAUAAAGAUACCGGUAUCUCGGAUGAUGAAGCAGAUGAUGCGACGGUGACGACCGUAGAGACUACGACCACUACAGUAACGACUACUAGAAAACAACCGUCUACCGAUCGGAAGGAUUCGGCUCCCGUUUAUCGAACAACUGGAAAAGUAGAAAAGAGCUACGCACGAUCAUCCAGCGAUAACGUUUUCAAAUCGUCCAUUCCUACCACAAAGAAGAUCCAGCCGACGAAGAUGGCAGCCACUUCGUCAACUCCAACGAAGAAAACCGACCGCCCCGUCAAAUGCGUAACCACGAAAACGAUCAACCUCUCCACAAAACCCACCAUCGCCUCGGACAACCUAGACAACGUAGUGAUCGACAUCCAGCAGGCAAAAUCCUCCCGUGAACCAACCCCGAACAAACUGAUCCCGAUUCCGGUUUCGCCGGACGAAGACACCGGUAAGCCACGCUACCCGGACGCCGUUCAGGAACCGGAUGACGAACCUCGGCGUCGUGAGCCGAAAGUUAACAACAUCCCGAUCUUCGAGGAAGCCACCAACGAGUACGUCGGUUGUGAAAUCACCGAAGUUGAGGAUCAUGAGGUCCGAGCGGCUCGAGCCUGUCGCAUAACCAAUCUGGAUCGGGUGACGGAGGAUGAUGAGUCGCUGUUGAGCGUGACGCAGAAAGUUUCGAAGUUUGUUGAGGAAGCGAAUAAGUUGAAGGAUGUUCCCACGACGAAGAUGCCGAAUCGGUUCGUUCGUCAUGAGUACGAGGAGCUGGAUGAGCAUUUGAAGUCGGAUGAGUGUUUGCUGAGUGUUUCCGAUAAGGUAACGAAGUUUAUUUCGACGGCUGAAGAGGUGAAGAAGAUUAAAACGUCGGGGCCGUUCGUGCCGGAGUGUAAGGUGACGGUUGACGUCGCUGGGUCGGAUGAAUGCUUGCUCAGUGUUAACGAGAAGGUUUCCAAGUUUGGUGAUAGCGGUAGCAAGACGACGUUGGAUGUACUGACUACAUCCGUAACGUCAACGGCCACCGAUGAAAUGGAUAGAUCGUUGAUUUCCGAGAAUGAAGAAUCGCUUGUGAGUGUUUCGGAGAAAAAGAAAAAGUUCAUUUCGACGUCGAAUGUUCCACAAAAGUCACCGGAAUUGGUUAAGAAUGUGAUGAAGCAGACUAGUCGACAGGAGAGAAACGUUGACGAGUCGGCGAGCCUGGAGAGUGAUCAGAAGACCACCAACAUCACGGAACGGUAUACGACGGCAACUUUGACGAAACCGCGGGACAAGGUUCCGCAGGGUGUUGGCCUCCGUAGUACGGAAGCCGUAAAGAAAGCUAAGGAGAUCUUCGAAAACGGUGGAAAGGCAGCGACUGCCGAAACGGCUAGACACAAGGAUAUUCUAAGCCGUCCGUCAGUGUGGGAGGAUCGUCGUAAGAAGGACCAGACAUCAACGGUGAUGACGGAAAAAGUACAAACCAAAACGGCUCAGGCGGAAAAGACGUCGCUUAAAGACGUCAAACUGACCGAUAUCGGAGUGUACAAGAGAACUAAGGCAGAGCCCGAGCCGAAACAGGAACCGGUAGAAGUUAAGCAGGAACUUCCCAAGACUCGGCGAGGCAGUGGAACUCCACAAACUCCAGUCUAUAUUCGUGAUACUGUGUCCACGAAGAAAGAUAUGUUUGAGAAACGAAUUUCUUCUUCGAAAAUUGACACAUCCGAGUUGAUAAAGUCGACGGCUUCGCAGGAGGACAGUUACGAGUUUGCGAACAACAGUAAGCGUUCCUCGAUCGCAGACAAAUACGAGCGAUCGAUCUCCCGGGAUACCCCGACUCUAGGGAACAAACCAUCCUACAUGAAUCACACGGUUAGUUCGCUGGAACACAUGAACAACACCAGCCGUCGGGAGUCCAUAGAUAACACGCAACGUAUCGCUAGGGUAGAGGAUCAACCGCAUCAACAGGAAGCUACAGUCAAGACGACUAGCAAGUUCGGCGUCGAAUUGAAGCGAACCGAUUCCGGCCGAAACGUGAUCCCUGCGCCGACGAAGCGCAAGAGUUCAGUUGACGCUCCACUUAUCGAGGAAAUGUUCGACCUAGCCAGUUUGGAGAAAAUGCUCGAAACGGUUACAGGCUACGAACAGCGUAGACGAAUUCGGGCUCAAAUUAGGUUGGUGAAAAAAUCGAACGAAAGACCAACGGUAACAACGACUACAACGACAACCACGACUUUAAGGACCAACAGAGUUCGCGACGCAAGCCCGAAGCGGAAGGAAUCUAGUCCAACUAGACGGAAUACGGACAGUAAGAUCACCAAAACGGUAGAGAUCGAAAAGAAGUCCGAACCUUUACAACGAAGCGCAAGUCCGACUAAACCGAAACCCGUCACGAAUACGAAGACUACUACAGCCACGACUUCCACCACGAACGCCGCUAAAACUACGAAGCUAAACGAAAGGGUCACCCUGAACGAACCGAAAGAGGAUAAACCAAUUUGGGCUACGAGCAACAUCCUGAAGAAAGCAUCGGAAACUACACGCAGCUACAAAACUAUUUCGACUAUGAGCAGCGCCAAAAAAACCACGGCGUCAUCAUCAACCAUGCGAGAGCAACCGAAAGAGAGCAAACCGACUGAUUGUAUAACUUCCAGCUACGGAGUUGGCCCGACGGAUGAAAACGGCCUGCCGCUGUUCGGUAUUCGUGCACUGAAGAAAAAGUCGGCUGCACCUCCGCAGGAGACAGAAACGACCUCCAAAAUCACGGGGACAUUCGUUACGGAGACUCUCUACUCGGAGAAUGGAUCGGCUCCGGUUGGCGAACGUAAAACUACGGUGUAUUCUUCGGACGCGAAAGACUUGGAAGAUUUUAACCUCUCGAGCAGUAAGCGAAACCUGGCAGAAGUUCGCGAGAAGCUUCUGGAGCGGGAGAACUCCCGCAAGGGAUUGAUUUCCGUGACAAAAACGGAGAAGAUCAACAACGGAAGUAGCAGCCACGUCGCAACGGAGAUCGGUACCCUGGAAGAUUUACCGCAGAGAGAAGCCAAGAUCCUUCGUAAGGGUUCGGUCAAAGAACUCACCGAACGAUUCGUCCACAAGGAGUCCUCAUCUUCGCUGCUUUCGGAGAAAUCCUACCCAAAAGCUGGUCUGAUUCUACGAUCCACACAGAGCCACUCGAGUCGUUCGUCGACACCGUGCGAAAUCAGUUCGGUACGUUCCGGUUCGGUGGAUUUCGACGAAAAUGACAUCGAACUGCGUACCUCCUCCACGUCCAAAUCGACGGUUCGCGAGAGUUUGAUGACGAGUUCCAGCGCGACGGCGGAUCAGGAAGAGCUCGAAGAUGGUGUUGUUUUCCGCAAGAGUCAAAGCAGCAGCAGCACCAGACAGACGCGAUCAUUCCUGAACGAUGGUAGCCGUGUAUCUGGGGUUCAGGACGUGCUGGAGCGAAUGCGGAAUGCUGAUAAUGUGGAAGAAAUCGGUGACAACGUGGAAGACCGCGAGGCACGCGCUCUGUUGAACAAGUUCCUCGGUGCUUCCGUACUAAUGAGCGGCAUGGAGUCAAUGAUCGCCAGCGGGGUUAAGGAAGAAUCGUCGACUGUCGAAAGUACGCCCACCACGAAAAAGGUCUCCAAAGUAACUUCAACCCGUACUGUGAAGUCCAACGCUUCGUCUUCAACCUCCUCGAAUAGCGCGUCCAAGCCGAGUAUCGACAAUCUAGAUCAAAUCUGGGACGAAGCUGUACUCAAACAGUUGCUGGAUUCUUCCACAAACUACGAGGAACGUCGUAAGAUCCGUGCACGCCUCCGACAAAUCAUGGCCGAGAAAGAAGCCUGUGUCGACAUCGUGGCCAGCGUAACAGCCGACCUUCAGCGAGAACGUCAACAGUUACAACAACAACAACAGCAGCAACGGAAACAGACCGCCAGUGACUCCAACAGCAACGGUAGUGGUGGCAUUCAGGGUGAGUCACUCCUGCUACCCCUGCUGCAGGGUAUUUUGUUGCACAAUAAAGGUGGUGGCGGCGGUGGCACCAGCGGUGCCCUCGGGUCUACGGCCGUCUCACUAGCCAUCCCACCGGUGGAAGACUCCGGCACAGAAUCGGGCGAAGACCUACGGCUUCUGGCGGCCGGAUUGCAUGACAAUAUUGAGAUGUAUCGUGGUAUUGGUGUCGGUGGUAGUGCUGUUUCCGCAACCAUCGCCACCGCUGGUGGUGGUGUUGGUGGUGGCGGUAUUAGUGGUGAUGGUAGUAGUGUUAGUAAUGGUAGUCGGCACGAGGAUAAUGGUGGUGAUAAUAUUAUGCACGAAGUUACAGCUGCCCUUGAACGUUUGCAACUUUCGCUUAGAGAUGGGAAGGAUAUUAAUUUAGAGAUGAAUAAGCGGAAUGCUCUGUUGACGCUUGUGUGUCGGCUUCAGGCCGGUUUGCUUCAGCCGGACAAACUUCCGGAGCAGGUUUCUCCCGCGGAGGAACUGAACGGGACGGAAGAUUCGAACAAUAUUAAUCAAGCUCGUCGAGGAAGUGGACGGUUCGCAAAAAGAAGAAACCGGAAUAAUCGGCAUACGGUUGGAGUUAGCCGAGAGGAGUUGGCAGAUGCCCGUCGAUUUAUCGAAGAGAUUGGACGCAUCGGAGAUCUGUCUUCACAUUCUACUUCGGCAACUCCGGAGAAGUCUAAAACGCCAGAAAAAUCUCCACAAGCACCGUACUCCCUUCAGAAGCAACAAUCAUUCGGAACAGGUCUCCCGGCUGAAACGGUAGUUCCUGGACCGGUUUUCGCCAUGAAACGCCCCAGUCAAUUCGUUCCAAAAGAGAUGCAGGACCUGAAGCCCGUCGUUAAACUUAAUGAUCGUAAAGCCAAGCAGAAGCUGUUCCGUCAAUCGCAAAGCUUCGACCAGUCGUCGAUGGAUGAUGUAGAACCGGUUGUCGUCCAGCACAAACCGAUCGAUGUGAAGCCUUUAACUAAUCGAAGCGACCCCUUCAAAAAACCCGUUCAAACGGCUGCUCAGCGGGCUCUGGUGAAGAAGUACUCCUUCAACGAUGGAUCCAGUUCCGAGGAGGAUGAACCUCGUAAAACCGCCGAACAGGUGGUGCUUCAGAAGAAUACCAACAAAGGAUCGGCGGUUGUUAACACCGUCCAGAAGAUGGUGAAUCGUGAAGUGAAACCGGCUAGCCACAGCGGAGUCCAUAGAUCGGUGGGGUCUCAGCAAACCCGCGAUGGUCACGCGGUCGGAAAUGAAACAGCUAAACCAAUGAAUAAGUAUACUAGUAAGAAGCUUCGGAUGAAGCGUGCGAAUACGAUAGAUAUUCCGAAGAAAUUGCCAAAUAAUGGAAUGGAUAGUGAUGAUGAUAGCGAUGAAGAUAAGCGAGCUGUCGUCAAUCGUCCACGGGAGGUUAAGGCUAAAACAUCACUCGCUGUCAAGCCGACGGCUGAGGUACCGGACUUUAAGCCAAAAACCGAGAACGACAAGAAGUUUAUGGCUUUCCUUCAGAAACAGAAUCAAUCCGGAAGACAGAUGUGGACCAAUCCGGUGAAGGAGCACGUUGGGGGCAACAAUUGGACUAGCAAGUUUGAUAAUUUGAAGCAUAAUUUUGAAAACGCUGAUAAGCUUAGUAAGGUGGCUUCUCCUGUGAAGAAUUCAGCUCCUAAGAAUUCAGCAAUGAACUUUUGGAAGAAGGCUGAAAGUGCGUCCUUCGAUGAGGUAAAGAUGAAGCCUCCAAAACACUCGGCAUGUGUCCAAAACUACGGCUCUCCGAAGACGGCAGCUCAACAGAAAUUGCCUUCCAAACCGAUCGGUCCGGUUUACCAAUCAAGUCUCAGCAAGACUAAAACACCUGCUCGAUCGAACUCCCAACCAACUGGUAGUAGCUGCUAUCCUGCUUCCAAACCACCAGUCUCAACGAGCAGCGCCUCUCCCUCCAACCAAUUCACACACGCCCCAACAUCCGCCUUCAAACCGAUCGCUAGGAAGCCCGCUCCGAUGAACUUAGACUUUAAGCCAUCGCACCACGAACCGGAAAUCGUGAAACCAAUCCCGGCUAACGUUUCCUGUGGCAUUGUGAAACAAAUAGUCGCUUCCGGAUUUAAGGAAACACCCGAGAUCAAACCGGAACCGAUGCAGGUUCAGUUGGGGCUCGUCAAAUCCCUUGCAGCCGCCGGGUACCACGAAACGCCCUUCGUUCCUCCGCCGAAAAUCGAACGAACUCCGACGCAUCACGUCCUGAAUUACCAAGCGAAACCGGAGCGUGGAGAGUCUCCCACGCCCGCCGCUCCUUGGAUUGGUAAGAGGUCGGGUGUGGAGAGCACUAGUAGAGUGGCCAGUAUAGCUAAUAGCAAAUUUACGGCGAAUCAGUUCGGGUUGAAUAAGGGAGCAGUUCCGCCAUCGUUACCCCAAUUAACCUAUCAAGGGUCGUUGAAGUAUAAUGAGAAACCCAUGGGCUUCCAACUGCCUGAACGUCAACCGGAAAGGAGACCAUCUCUUCCAGAUGUCGGCCCGCACUCCAAACCCGAAGGUUUUACCUAUACUUUCACAGAUUAUACCCUACCGGAAUCGGUUUCCACCUUUACGCUGACCCGCAGUGAUUCGUUGACGAAUCCGGAUAAUCAACCGCUGAUUCUAACCAACACCAAUUCAAUUUAUAGUCCGUCGCUGAUGCAGCAGCAACCUCCGGUCCAAAUGAGUUCGCAGAAGCAACCCCAGCAGAUCAGCUAUCUAAGUGUAAACGAUCAGCACAGCUCCACUUCAAUAUCUCCGAACAACGAGGACGCUGACGAUCUGGAUUCGCUGGAUUCCCAGGAGAUGCGCGUAACUUCGAAGGUUAUGCGAGCUCCGAUGAGCCAACAGGCUAGCUAUUCCAACAACAAACCUUCCCACGUUGGCGAUAACUCACCCGAUCGCGGUUCAUUGAUUGCCCAGAAUCUGCACAAUUCGUUGAAGAAAAUUCAACAGAAGAGUCCAACACCCCCCGGACGUCAAACGACUGCACCCAGCAGCUAUCAACAACGAUCGCAGCAAGCUGUGCCGAAGCUUGAAGUAACCCCACAGACUCCGGUAGUAAACAAACCUCAUCAGUUCAAUGUUCCUUCGCACGCCAUUUACAAUAAUGUUCAGAGAUACGAACCUCCCCGGCCAGCUCCGCUGACCCGAACGGAUUCCUGGGCACACAUGCACUCUCAACCGACGUCGAACGGUUUAGCACGGACCAAAUCUAGCCAUACGCUUGCUGUUCCUCCAGUCUACGAGGGAGCCUACAAAACUCAAUCGAAUGGAACCAUAUCCGACAAGCAACGAACAAUGGAAGCCUAUUUCUCGGGACAGAAACCAUCUUUUAAUCCGUUAGCGAAGACUUCAUCUACCAGUAACUUCCUACGCGAUAAAAGCGGAAUGUCACAGAACACCGUCCGCCCUGUGUCGUAUGCCAUGGGAAACAGUUACAAUCCGGCUCAGUAUAACAUCAUGAUUUCGCAACCCGUCCAGCAGCAUAUGGGAAGUUAUCAGCAGUCGAUGUAUUCGUCGCCGUCCGUUCAACAGCGAACUCCGCUGCAUCAACCGCAACAACAACAAUACUAUCAACCAGCACUAGGUGCCGGAUUGGUUCGUAGCCGAACGAUGCCCCAUAUCCCCUUGAACAAUCUGAGCCUGCUGGACGAGGACAACGUAGAUGAUGCAUUUGAAGAGCUGAUGAGUCAAUCGUUUGCCGUGUAAUUUUUAGCCCGAGCAGGGAAUGAAUUUUGUAAACCGAAACUUGGUACUCGAAGUAGACUUCCAUUGAGGGGGGUCUCAUAACCGAGACCCCCGGGAGUCGAAAAAACAUUCCAUUUUGUAUCUGUUAACGACGACGACGACUGGCGUCCGGAUGUAAUCUGUGGUCAUCUAGCGCGUAAGGAUUUCAGUGUGAAUAGCAUCUAGUAGGCUGUGUUUUUUUUUUUGACAUGAUAGUGACAUUAAGCGGUGAACCAGUGAAACAUUAUGUAAUGAAGAAGAUAACGCGCAGAAACACAUUCGCAAAACAAGACUCCGCAUGAAAAAACUGUUGACUAGAACAAAGUUAGCUGCAUUCUCUUCUCUGUGAAAAGCAUCUCUAAAUGUUUAUGCUUACUCGUGUACUCGUGUUUGAAAACGAAUUCAUCUUUUUUUUUAAAUUUUUAUUCGGGGACAUGAACUUUUUUGUGUACGAAUUUGACUGUCACUAAAACCCAAAAAAAAAAAAACUCACGGGCCCUGGACGAGGCCCCUCUACAAAUCAGACUCUUAAACGGGGUUGGCGGCAGUGAAUAAAUCAAAUAAAUCGGACACAUCAAAGAACUUCAUGCUGCUAAUACUACCUGUACUAUUUGCCGCAACCUGGUCGUGCAAGCAUCUCUGAAUGUGCAACCUCAAUAACAACCACCGAACGAAGAUGCGGAGAAGUUCUCCGAAACUAAAAAUAGUAAAAUCAAAGUGGCAAUACGGCUACCAUACAAGUAGUAGAACUCCAAGUUACCACCACCUCAACCUCGAAAGUCCAGUCCCAAGAUGGCGGCGUGGUCACCACACGAACUACAGUGACAACAAAAACAGUCGGCCCGGCCAAACCGAUGUCAGCGAUGGCCAAAUUCCGACAGCUUGACAAGCAGA